UUUAUUAUGGAAUCUUCCUCCACCUCCCAGGUAUCCUUUCCCUACAUCGACCUCUACCUCCACCACCUCCAAGCCUCCCUAGACCGUGACAAAAUCCGAUCCCAAAUCUCUGACUCCGAGAUCUACAGCCAAAUCGACCAAAACCAACUACGAGCUACCAUUGAUAAUGACUUCUAUUACCAGAAUAAAAAGAAAGAACUUGAAAAGAACCAAAAAGAACUUGGCAAGUUAAAAAACCAAUAUUUAAAUAUUUCAAAAACUGGAUCUUGGUUUUGGAAGAAAAGUAAAGAAAAAAAUCAAAAAAUUUUUAAAAACAAGAAUGAUAAUAAGAUGGACGAUCUUGAAAUGUUGAUUAAAAUUAAUAAAGAAGAUGUUUCAGAAAUUACUUCAAAAAUCACUCAAACCUUCACAGACCAAAUGUAUCCAAUAAUCCUCUCAAACCUAAUUGACCAAAAACUCCUAAAGCACCAAGAAUUCAUCAACUCAACCAUCGAAUCCAACCUCUACACUCUCACCUGCACCCAAAAUCCCGAAUCCUCCACUACAAAAAUAUCCUUCACUCCACUCACUUCAGAAUUCGAAAUUGACCUCAUCAACAGUAGAGUGUCCUCUAAAUUCGGCCUCUCAGAGCCCAAGAAACUGGAAGAGAUUAAAGAGUGGGAUUUUGAAGAGGCUGAGAUUGCGCUGGAGGCUGAAGGAAAGAAAGAGACGGAGAGUUUUAUUGAGAACACGGGAAUUGAUCAUUUUCGAGAGGUAGUUGAGUGUUUAGAUGUGGAGAAUUUGGAUACGAUUGUGUUCAAGAAUUUUUGGUUAAAGAAAGGACAUUUGAAGAAGAUAGUUGAGAUAGUGGUUGAUAUGAAGACUGAAAGACUUGUUUUUAAUAAUUGAAGGUUCAAGAUGUCUAAAAUAUCAGAGAUUAAGUCUUGAUUUAAUGAAGAAAAUAAAGGUCCGAGGCUUGACAAAUCUGGGCAUAUAGAAAGUAAAGAAAAUAUUGAAAAAGAAGAAAAGAAAACAACUAACAAAAAGAAAUACAAUUCUACAAAGAAAAGAGCUCUUUACAGUCUUUCUUUUAUUGAUUGACAAAUUUCAUCUUUCCCAAUUGAAAGUUAUAAACACAUAAAUAAUACGAAACAAAACUCUGCAAAUAAAACCUUUCAAACUGGCACUUAUAAAUGCCCACACCCUCCAGAACUCAAUAAAAAACACCCCAUAGUAACCAUAAUCCUCUCCAUAAUCAGCCAAAUCGACUCUUUAAAACCCUUCUACAAAGACAGAACCCUGGUCUCCCUCACCCUCAAGAACCUAUACCUCCCAGAAUCCUCUAUCACCGCCAUCCAAGACGCCUGUCCUUUCCUCGAAACGUUCAUUGUGUUCGACGAGCCGCAAGAAUCCUAGUAAAAGUAGUAAAUAAAGUAGUUCCAAUAA